CGUACACACCGUUCUUACACGCACAUACUGCCUACCAAAAUACGUCGGAAAGCUUUCAGCCAAGCAUCCCGUGUUGGUUCAAUGUUGGACUGAGUACUGCGUAUGUAUGCCAGUAUGCUCACCUCUUCGCGGGCUGCAAUCUCCCCCGGAAAAGACGCCACAGGAGCACAGAGGAAGGUCUAGUGACCAAUCUGCUUUGUUGCAAGCAUCAAAGGAUGAACAUCCUGGGCAGCUAGGAAAAGUUUCCCUACUCGGAUCCUGGCCACCCAAACGGCACCUCUCGCGCAUAUAAUAACUGAUCAACCUCUCUUCUCAACUUUCAGUCCUGUCUCCCCGACUCUUGACUAUUACUCCAGCUCCCUUUACUCCUCAUCUCUCCACACCUGAGAAACCUAAUUACCUAGUAUCCUGUAUGUGUCGCUAAUAGACCACGCGGGGUCUCAGACAUCAUGAAGCAAAUUGGCAAUGUCUAUUUUAUCGCGGGCAUAUCCGUUAUAGGUGGCGCGCUAUUCGGUUUUGAUAUCUCGUCUAUGAGUGCCAUUAUCUCUACUACGCCUUACAAAUGUCAAUUCAACCAGCAGGGCAACAACCCGACAACUGGCGCGUGUCAGGGUCCGAACGAUGUCGUGCAGGGUGGAAUCACUGCCUCCAUGCCUGGAGGUUCCUGGCUCGGCGCCUUAAUAUCCGGGUUUAUUACUGAUAGGUUAGGUCGAAAGACCUCUAUUCAGAUUGGUGCUGUCAUCUGGCUCGUCGGCUCCAUCCUUGUUUGCGCUUCUCAAAAUAUCCCUAUGUUAAUCGUCGGUCGUAUCAUCAACGGUAUUAGCGUGGGUAUCUGUUCUGCUCAGGUUCCCGUCUAUAUCUCCGAACUGUCGCCACCCUCGAAGAGAGGUCGGUUUAUUUCGAUGCAACAAUGGGCGAUCACUUGGGGUAUCGCAAUCAUGUUCUUUAUAUGCUACGGAUCCAGCUUUAUCAACGGCAAGGCGGCUUUCCGUCUGCCAUGGGGCCUUCAAAUGAUCCCCGCUCUUAUGCUCCUCUUCGGUCUCAUGUUCCUCCCCGAGUCGCCUCGUUGGUUAGCAAAGCGUGAUCGUUGGGAGGAGGCUCACGACGUGCUGACUUUGGUCCACGGCAAAGGCGACCCGCAUUCUCAACUGGUCGCGAGGGAAAUGUCCGAGAUCAGGGAGGUGGUCGAAUUUGAGCGCCAAAACGCUGACGUAUCCUACAUCGAGUUACUCCGACCUAAGAUGAUUAACCGGACUCACAUUGGUCUCUUCACCCAGAUCUGGUCGCAACUUACCGGCAUGAACGUGAUGAUGUACUACAUUUCCUACAUUUUCACGAUGACCGGCUCCGGUAACGAUGUGCUACUUUCCAGCGGUAUCCAAUUCAUUAUCAACGUCGUCAUGACGGUCCCUGCUCUCAUCUGGCUCGACAGGUGGGGUCGUCGCCCAACAAUGCUUGUGGGCGCGUUCUUCAUGACCCUCUGGCUUUGCAUCAACGCGGGCUUGUUCGCGGUGUAUUCCCGCCCGGCCCUUCCUAACGAGUUUGAUACUGCUGCUAUUUCCAUGGUCAUUGGCGGAAAGCCUGCCAAGGCUGUCAUUGCUAGCACUUACUUGUUCGUGGCGUCGUACGCGCCGACCUGGGGUCCCGUCUCUUGGACGUAUCCUGCUGAGCUCUACCCUCUACGUGUUCGUGGAAAGGCUGUGGCUCUCGCUACGUCUGCUAACUGGGCAUUCAACUUUGCUCUUGCAUACUUCGUCCCUCCGGCAUUUGCUAAUAUCACCUGGAAGACGUACGUCUUAUUUGCAGUAUUCUGCUUCACCAUGUUCUGGCAUGUGUUCUUCCUGUUCCCUGAGACUGCCAACAAGACUCUUGAGGAAGUUGUAUCAACCUUCGAGGACCAGGGUCCGGGCUCCAUUAAGUAUAUUGGUAUUCCGGCCUGGAAGACGCACAAUGACCGGUCCAUCGUUAGACUCGAGCGCAACCUCGUCAGUUCCGAGGAAAAGAUUGGCAUUGAGCACACUACCACACCCAAAAAUUGAAUCUAAGAAAUGUUGGAUAAGAGUUCCGCUGCAUGACGCUUAGGCGGGGUGGCGUAGCGGCAGCGGGAAGUGGGUCAGUCGUUAUUUAAUGGGAAGCGGUUGGAAAUCCGGGAACCAAGGAAAAAGGUUGGAUUCUCGGAAGGAAAGCGUGUUGAAUAUAGGAUGUCCAAAGACGCGGACGGUCUCAUUCCACGGGAGUUUGAAGGGCAAGUGCAUAUAAGCUUGCGGUAUUAUACCCAGAAAUGAAAUACAAAAUAUCAUCAACUAUGUAUGUAUAAGCCAGUCUAUCUAUUUACCUACCUCAAGAGGUAGUAUCGAAAAAAGAAGAAUUUGCAGAAA